AGCGUUUAUCACGCUACUUCCACCGGGCACCAUAUUGUAAGGAAAUUAGCUGAAUCUUUUACCAAGAUGAGACCUUUAACAGACGACGAGACAAAAACGAUGUUUGAGAAACUGUCUAAAUACAUUGGUGAGAACAUCAAACUCCUGGUGGAUAGACCCGAUGGGACAUAUUGCUUCAGACUUCACAAUGAUCGUGUAUAUUACAUCAGUGAGAGAAUUCUGAAGUUGGCCACCAACAUCACACGUGGUAAGUUGGUGUCGGUGGGCACCUGCUUUGGAAAGUUCACCAAGACCAUCAAGUUCCGCCUGCAUAUCACAGCACUGGACUUCCUGGCACCGUAUGCCAAGUUCAAGGUGUGGGUUAAGCCUGGGCAGGAGCAGUCCUUCCUCUAUGGGAACCAUGUGUUGAAGUCUGGUCUGGGGAGGAUCACAGAGAACACUAACCAAUACCAGGGCGUGGUGGUGUAUUCCAUGGCAGACGUACCGCUGGGUUUUGGAGUGGCAGCCAAGUCGACCCAGGAGUGCAGAAGAGUGGAUCCCAUGUCCAUCGUUGUGUUCCACCAGGCAGACAUUGGAGAGUUCAUCAGGUCCGAGGACACGCUCACAUAAGGAGUCUUCACAAACUGUACUAUCAAUUAUACACAGUAGUACUUCCCCUCUCCUCAGGGGACCACCAGAUGUUUCACAUAGCUGUACUUCCCUCUCCUCAAGGACCACCAGAGGGCUGGGACUAUGGCUACCAACAUCCUUUUUCACUAUGGCUGGGUGAUUUACAUUCAGCUACAAUCUAAAUAAAGAUGUUUUGUAAAUUGAAUAUUUGGGGUUUUAUGUAAUAUUCAUAAUCUGUAUGGAACGAUUUGCAUAAAUAUGAUUAUGCAGUUAAUUCUAAAUCUGUUUUGAUAUAGUGAAAUGUUUUUUUGUUCUUCCAACAAAAUGUGUAAAAUAAAAACCAAGUUAAAUG